GUCUCGAUAUAUUUACUUCAGUUGUGCAUCAGAAGCUUUCUCUCAUCUUCUCUCUCUCUCUCUCUCUCUCCGCCCGGAACCCGCCCAAAAUCUUUAGUCGAACAGAUUUCUUACGAGAGUAGGAUACUGGCAUCUUCAACAUGUACAUAAAGCAGGUUAUUAUUGAAGGCUUUAAGAGCUAUAAAGAGCAAGUUGCUACUGAGCCUUUUAGUUCGAAAGUAAAUUGUGUUGUUGGCGCAAAUGGAUCUGGCAAAUCGAAUUUUUUUCAUGCUAUUCGAUUUGUGAUAAGUGACCUCUUCCAAAACUUGCGGAGUGAAGAUAGGCAUGCAUUACUCCAUGAAGGUGCUGGACACCAAGUGUUGUCUGCUUUCGUGGAGAUCGUAUUUGAUAAUACUGACAAUCGCAUCCCUGUUGAUAAGGAGGAGGUUCGCUUGCGGAGAACCAUCGGCCUUAAAAAGGAUGAAUAUUUUUUAGAUGGAAAACAUAUCACGAAAACAGAAGUUACAAACUUACUUGAAAGUGCUGGGUUCUCUCGCUCCAACCCUUACUAUGUUGUGCAGCAAGGGAAAAUAGCAUCUUUGACAUUGAUGAAAGACUCUGAGCGACUGGAUCUGCUGAAAGAAAUUGGAGGAACACGAGUUUAUGAGGAAAGACGCAGGGAGAGUUUGAAAAUUAUGCAAGAAACUGGUAAUAAGAGAAAGCAAAUAAUUCAAGUUGUUCAGUAUUUGGAUGAGAGAUUAAAGGAGCUUGAUGAAGAGAAAGAGGAAUUGAGAAAAUAUCAGCAGCUUGACAAGCAACGGAAAUCUCUAGAAUUUACCAUUUAUGACAAAGAAAUUCGUGAUGCGAAACAGAAAUUGGAAGAGGUAGAAGAGGCUCGACGCAAGGUUUCUGAACAGUCGACCGAGAGGUAUAACUCUGUGUUAGAUGCCCAUGAAAAGUCCAAGGAGUUAGACAAGACAUUCAAAGAUUUGACAAAAGAAGUUCAAAUUUUGGGCAAAGAGAAAGAAGCAAUACAUAACCAGCGAGAAGAAGCUAUUAAAAAGUACACAAAGCUUGAGCUUGAUUACGAAGAUCUAAAGGAGAGUAUUUCUGGAGAUAAGAGAGCUAAGGAUGAUGCAGUGAAACAGCUUGAGAUUCUGCAGAAAGAAAUACAGGAUUCACAAGAGGAGCUUAAUAAAAUUAGACCUUUGUACAACAAUCAAGUCAGAGAGGAGGAGGACAUAACAAGAGGUAUAAUGGAACGUGAGAAGAAGCUUAGCAUUCUUUACCAAAAACGUGGUCGGGCCACCCAGUUUGCAAAUAAAGCUGAUCGUGACAAAUGGCUACAAAGGGAAAUUGACGAAUAUGAACGAGUCCUGUCUUCAAAUCUAACACAGGAGGAGAAAAUUAAGGAUGAAAUUCAACAGCUUAAUGCUGAUAUUCAAGUACAGGAUGCCUACAUUUUGCAUCGCCAAACUGAAAUAGCAGAUUUAGAAUCUGUCUUAUCUCAUUAUUGUGAAACUUUCAAUCAGCUCAAAUCCCAGAGGGACAAGCUGCAGGAUGAGCGGAAGUCCUUGUGGGGGAAAGAAAGUGAACUUUCUGGCGAGAUUGAUAGACUAAAGACAGAAGUUGUGAAGGCGGAAAAAAACUUAGAUCAUGCUACACCCGGUGAUAUUAGGAGAGGUCUGAAUUCAGUGAGGAGGAUAUGUAGAGAGAGUGGGAUUCUUGGAGUAUUUGGUCCAAUUAUUGAGUUGGUCGAUUGUGACGAAAAGUUUUUCACUGCCGUUGAAGUUACUGCUGGAAACAGUUUGUUUCAUGUGGUGGUUGAAACGGAUGAAAUAUCGACGCAGAUAAUUAGACACCUUAAUGCAUUGAAAGGCGGGAGAGUCACAUUUAUACCACUUAACAGGGUGAAGGCGCCACAGAUUACCUAUCCACAGAGUUCUGAUGUGAUACCUCUCCUAAAGAAACUGAAAUUCAAACGUGAUUAUACUCCAGCUUUUGCUCAGGUAUUUGGUAGAACUGUAAUCUGCCGAGAUUUGGAUGUGGCCACAAGAGUCGCCCGCACUGAUGGUUUGGACUGCAUAACUUUGGAAGGUGAUCAAGUCAGCAAGAAAGGUGGUAUGACAGGGGGAUUUUAUGACUAUAGGCGCUCGAAACUGAAGCUUAUGAACGUCAUAAAAGAGAAUACAAAUUCAGUUAACAAGAAGGAAGCUGAACUCGAGGAAGUUCGUUUCAAGCUUCAAGAGAUAGAUCAGAAAAUCACAGAACUUGUUGCUGAGCAGCAGAAAAAUGAUGCCAAGCAUGCUCACGACAGAUCUGAACGGGAACAGCUUAAGGAGGACAUUGCUAAUGCUAGGAAGCAGAAAGAAUCCAUUUCCAAAGCUCUAGAGAAAAAGGAAAAGUUGCUUGCAAAUGUGCGGACCCAAAUUGGGCAGCUUAAAGCCAAUAUAUCUAUGAAACAAGAUGAAAUGGGCACGGAGCUUGUUGAUCACUUAACAUUGGAGGAAAAGGAUUUGCUACAACGACUGAAUCCUGAAAUAACUGAGCUGAAAGAGACGCUUAUUGCCUGCAGGGCAAAUCGCAUAGAGACCGAAACAAGAAAAGCGGAGCUUGAGACUAAUCUGUCAACAAACCUUGUAAGGAGAAGACAAGAGCUGGAGGCAGUUAAAGUGUCUGGAGAAACUGAUAAGUUAGAUGCUGAAGCUGAAGCAAAGAAGCAGGAGCUAGCAGAUGCUACGUUACUAGUUGAAGAUGUGACCCAGCAGCUCAAAAGAGUCACUGGAAGUAUUGAUGAGCGCACAAGACAACUUGGGAAGAUCAAAGAUGAGAAGAAUAAGUUAAAGUCAUUGGAGGAAUCCUAUCAAAAUACACUUCAGGAUGAAGCUAAAGAGCUGGAACAACUGUUGAGUAACAGAAAUAUUCUUGUUGCGAAGAAAGAAGAGUACUCAAAGAAAAGCAGGGAAUUGGGUCCAUUAUCAUCAGAUGCUUUUGACGUGCAUAGGAGGAGGAACAUAAAAGAAUUGCAUAAAAUGCUUCACAGGUGCAAUGAGCAGCUACAACAGUUCAGCCAUGUAAACAAGAAAGCACUUGAUCAAUAUGUGAACUUCACAGAACAGCGAGAAGAACUCCAGAAAAGGCAAGCUGAAUUGGAUGCAGGUGAUGAGAAAAUUAGAGAACUUAUAUCCGUUUUGGAUCAACGGAAGGAUGAGUCCAUUGAACGUACUUUCAAAGGUGUGGCUAAGCAUUUUCGGGAAGUAUUCUCUGAACUGGUGCAAGGUGGCCAUGGGUUUUUAGUUAUGAUGAAGAAAAAGGAUGGUGAUCAAGGUGAUGACGAUCAGGAUGAAGAUGCCCCUCGUGUAGCUGACAUGGAAGGAAGGGUUGAGAAAUACAUUGGCGUGAAAGUGAAGGUUUCUUUUACUGGGCAAGGGGAGACACAGUCAAUGAAGCAGUUGUCUGGGGGUCAGAAAACUGUGGUGGCAUUGACACUAAUCUUUGCCAUACAGCGUUGUGAUCCUGCUCCAUUUUAUCUUUUUGACGAGAUUGAUGCUGCACUUGAUCCUCAAUAUAGAACUGCUGUUGGGAAUAUGAUCCGUCGGUUAGCAGACAUGGCAAAUACACAGUUCAUCACCACAACGUUCCGGCCAGAGCUUGUGAAAGUUGCUGACAAGAUAUAUGGCGUGAAACACAAAAACAGGGUUAGCAAUGUUGAAGUCAUCUCUAAGGAAGAAGCUUUGAACUUUAUUGAGCACGAUCAGUCUCAUAAUGUUUGACUGAGUGAAUGCUCCAGAGUAGCUGAAGCUCUUUGGUUCCGAUACUGUGAACAUCCCUUACUUGCUUGGUAAUCUACAGGUGCCUGAUGGGUGGAAUUCUUAUUUGAGGUACUUAUAAAUUCUGUAAAAAUCUAAACAUUGCCUUGGUAGUCUCAUGUCUGUGUAGUGCUUGAUCAAUGUGAUGCAGUCCAGUUUAGCGUUUACGUUCUGCAGUACAUAUGUAGCUUGUUGAAGUGUAUGGCAGAGUUCUGUUGAGUAGGAUCAAGAAGAACGUGGGACCCAGACUAGAACAGAAAUCAUUUCAGUUGACUUGUAAACGUGUUUGUGAAUUGUGCCGUCUAUAAUUAUGCGUUAUUAGAAAGACCAUUAGUUCUCUCACUUACCAA